AUGAACAGCAACUGAAGUAGCAGAUUGCGGGAGGCGAGUUUCUUGAUAGGGUGUACCGAACAAAUGGGAGUCGAAAUUGAGACAAUAACCCCUGGCGAUGGAAGAACUUUCCCUAAAAAAGGACAGACGUGUGUUGUGCAUUAUGUUGGCUCCCUGACGGAUGGACGCAAGUUUGACUCCUCCCGUGACAGUGACAAGCCCUUUAGGUUUAAAAUAGGAAAACAGGAAGUGAUCCGUGGCUGGGAAGAGGGAGUCGUGCAGAUGAGUGUCGGUCAGAGGGCCAGGCUGACCUGCUCGCCUGACUUUGCUUACGGGGCGAAGGGCCACCCGGGGAUCAUCCCACCCAACGCCACCCUCCUCUUUGAUGUUGAGCUACUAAGCCUUGAAUGAAGCAUCCCCACUACCUAUUUUCUUUAUUUAAAAAAAAUUGUCACUUCCUACCUUGGAAACAUAUAGAGAAGAUAGGAGAGUCUACACUUGAUUCCAGAAGAGGCUUGAGUCUAUAGUUCCAACACUGGUCAAUAUUUUAUCCAUGUAUACAAAAUCUGUGUUUUUGUCAGUAGCUAGGUUUCCAUCCAAUUGGUGACAGAUUUUCAUGCGAAUAUUGUAAAAUCUACAUUUACUCACCAGAGAUGCGUGAUUACCUAGUGCACAUAAUUACUGUUGCAGUUAAUUUCCCAUAUACCAAUUUGUUUUUUAAAGAAAAAAAUGGGUUUCCAUGCAUUUUCAACUCUAAUGAUUUUUUUUCUCACAAAUGUUGCAUUAUAGCAAAUGUGCCCACUCUGGUAUUGGCACGUGUGCUCUAGCCAACAGUUUACAGAUACAGUGUGGGUAUAGCCUACAACAUAGCUAGAUUAUAAGUAUAUAUUUUUCAAACGGCAGCCAAGCAUCGAUCAUGUCACCAGAAUAAGACCCUCAAUAUUUAUUGAAAGGAGCAUCAAGCUCAUCACCUUGCACUUUCACCACCCUGUGAAGGUAUUUACAACUGAUUUUAUUUGUAGCCUAAUAAACUGCAUGCUUUCCCGAGUCGUAGUGGGAGGACCACGCAACAUAUCAUCACGUGACUUCGAGAUGAUAGUUAUCAAUAUUUGCGCAUAAAAGCAUUUCCAUCGCCAUUUCUCGCAUAAUACAUUUUACUGACACAUAAAGAUCCCACCUUGUGUAGCGUAUUUUGUUUUGUCGACAUUUGGAAAGUUCACAGAAAAAUGUGCUGUUUCCACCAGGCCUGUGACAUUUUCUAACCGACAUAAAAAGGUUGGAUGGAAACCUGGUUACUCAGUUAUAUAUUUCUUUCAAUUCACCCUCUUUAAACACCUAUGAGCCAUAACCUUAAAAAUCUUGAUGUUCUUAGUCUUGAAUUUUUGAAUUGUGCUUUACUUUUCUUUGUUUCUCAAAUUAUUGGUUGUGCAUGGUUAUGAGUAAUACAAAAUACCAAUGAAAUAUUAGCAGCGACAUUCAUCUGUUUGUAAGAGUACCUAUCACUAACAUGGAGGGCUGGUGCUUGAGUAAAUCUUAAAGGGGAAAAUGCACUCAAAUGAUCUUUUGGUAUUUUUCUUUAGUCCAUUGUUGAUUCAGUCCCAAAAAUGUUUUGCAUGUCAAGUUUCAAGAUAUUGGACUUUCAAGAAACAAAUUGUCACCGGCCAUAUCAUGAUUAUGAAAAUGCUUAGAUUUGUUUUUGAGUGGAUUUUCUCUUUAACUGAGGAACAAAAUUAAUAGAAUAUGAAAAGCACAUAUUUGCAUCCACACCUCUCCCAGCUGAAAGUAGAACAAAUAUUAAUUGAUUUGGUUUAGUGUAAUGUUGAGUGGCAUAAGUGUAGUAAAAUAUUGAGUUGUAGGAUACCUAAAAUAAGAACUUUGUUUUUAUACGUAAUUUAUCCAGACCUUUCAUAGUGGUUCUUUCAUUUUGAUUGUUCAUUUUAUUAGGAGCUAGUGAGCAUUCUGCACAGAGGAACUAGUACAGUAGAGAAUUGUUGUAUCCUAUGUGUGCCUCUCUUUACCAGACACACAACCACAAACUAGCCAGGUUUGCAUGUUAAUAAUAUCCUGAUCUAUAGGUGUUAAUGCUUUGCAUUUGAAUCACUUUUUCUUUCCAAGUCAAAUCUUUAACCCCAUUGAGAGCUUUAAACAUAUUAGUGCAAAGAUGGGGGAACUGUAUUGAUCCAGUUCUCGGGCGCGCGCAGUUCGAAGAGAAACCUCUUAGUUCACUUAGCAGUGGAUAUGAUCAAAUGCAGCUAGUGCAAGUUAACAAACAUGUAACUAGAUGGUUAUCAUCUACAACAUUGCAGAUGUCAUCUGGAAGAUUGAAUACAGAGUCAGCGAGGCAAGGUAAAAUAUCACAAAUAGAGCUAGAUAAAGGCAGAAGAAUAAUAUACUUCUUAAACAGUUAUAACCAUCAGUCUUGUGUUUUUCAUGGUCAUCACUCACUCGCUGUUAAGUUUUCCAAGGUCCCGACAUCGGCAUUAGCUAUUCUGCUAGGGUGUUUUUUUUUAAUGUCGGGAAAGUGACUUGAUGGUCAACAGAAAAUGGCUCUGUAGUAUACUCUCAUUAGUUGGAGUAGUGAUGAUGCUUUUCUUAGAAGUGAAAUGCCUGAAUUUUGGGGUUGUGGAAUCGAUUGUCACCUCCACCUUAUUUUGUUUCACAAAUUGCCAUUAUAUUUUUCCGGUGCCAACUUAAUUGGCAUCUGAAUUACUUAUACUGUACCUGUAAUGUAAAGUAAUUAUUUUGUCAGUGUCAUUCGUAAGACUGACCACACUGCCUAAAUGAAAUGCUGUGUUGUUGUAGUCCGGUGACAGAGGCAUCCAUGUUAUGUAUGACAUUAAAUAAAGCCUGUUGAAAUAA